AUGUCACAACAAAUAACAAAUUUUUUCACAUCUGUUGACUUAACUGAUACUACUCCCCUAUCUACAUCACAACCCAAUUCAUUAUACACUCCUUCUAGACAUAGUCCUCAUAAUCAUGGACAACUUUGGUUAAAACAUCAAAUUAUUGAUAAUAAAAAUUUUAUGUUUUAUACUAUUUGCCAAAAAGCAAAAGGUAAUAGUUUAUGGGUAAUAUCAGGAUAUGAUACUAUGAAAUUAGAAUUUGUUAAAAGACACGAAAAUUCAGUUGAACAUAAAAAUUCUUUGCAAAUUCUUAAUCCAAGCCAAACUGGUAUUAAAGAGGGUGUAAAUCAAAUGUUAGAAAUGUGCAUGGACAGUGUAGUUACUCAAAUGCGCAAUAUGCAUUUUCUUACUUCACAAAAUAUUGCUAUUAAUAUUUAUCCUGAUUUAGCUAAUUUAGUUAAUUAUUGA